AUGGGCACCACAACCCUCAGCCCAAACAGCCACAAGUUGUUCAGUCUUUGCCAUUGGACAGCCAGGAACAUUCAAAUCUCCAACCUGAUCAUGGGCACUAUGACCCUCAGCAAAAACAGCCACAAGUUGUUCAGUCUUUGCCAUCAGAUGGCCAGGAACAUCAUGAUCAUGAUCAUUCUCAAUUUCCUGUGGCAGAUGGUGACAACCAAUUGGCUAGCAGCAGUUGUUAUGAUUUCAUCCCUACCCAGAGGUGCAAUGCUGGGCAACUAUGGGCAAUUGCCAUUUGGAUAUCAACUUGGAGUCAAUACACUCGAGAAUGUGAAGGUGGCUGCUUCAACAGCCAUGAUCACAGAUAUAUUCAACAAAAGCCUUUUUCUUACUGUGAAAGAGCUCAUGGACAUUGUCAUGGCCAUGGUGGACAAGACCAUCACCCAAUACUUAGUGGAAGUUAAGAUCAGAAGGCAGCCAACACAUAUUGAGGAUGAAAGCUUAUGGACUGGCCCACAACAUAUCAAAGACCAAGCAGGAGAUGACAAAUUCACACAUUGCUGA